CCGCCCUCCCCUCUCGGUUACAUCAGGUGCCGGGCUCCGCACGGGAAGUCCCGCUCCGCUCUGCCGCCUAGAGAGAGGGCCCUCCGUCCGGGGUCCGGUGUCCGAGCCACCCUCCGCCCGGGGUCCGAGCCGCCCUCCGCCCGGAGGUCACAGGGCCACAGAGCAAAGUGCUGGAGGAACUUGGCGGGUCAGGCAGCAUCUGUGGAGGGAAAGCGAUCGUCGACGCUUUGGAUCGAGACCCCGCAUCAGGAUCAAGAGCGUGAGGAUUGUGAAACAUGGGGAAGGGCUGCAUCAAAGCCACCAAGUACUUUCUUUUCCUCUUCAACCUUCUCUUCUUUAUUCUGGGUGCGGUGAUCCUGGGCUUCGGGCUGUGGAUUCUGCUCGACAACACCAGCUUCAUCGCUGUCCUGCAGUCCUCAUCGUCUGCGCUGAGGAUCGGGUCCUACAUCCUGCUGGGGGUCGGCUCGGUGACCAUGCUGAUGGGCUUCCUCGGCUGCCUGGGAGCGGUCAACGAGGUCAAGUGCCUCCUGGGACUGUACUUCACCUGCUUGCUGCUAAUCCUGAUUGCACAGAUCACCGCUGGAGUCCUAAUCUACCUCCAGAGAGACGCGCUGAAGGCAGAAAUAGCUGAUGUUAUUCAUCAAAUGAUCGUGAACUACAACCCGCAGGACAACCAGGGCAAAAGUUUUGGGGCCACAUGGGAUUACAUCCAGAGGAAGCUCCACUGCUGCGGUUGGAUGGGCCCCGCAAACUGGACGGAGAACCUGGUGAUCAGGAACAGCUCGGGGACCCUCUACCCCUGCUCCUGCCACCAGAGGAAGGACAACGACACGAUGCCCGAGACGGGUUUCUGCAAGGAGGUCACGCCGUACGACAAGGGCUGUGUCUCCAGCGUCGAGGAGUGGCUCUACAGCAACAUCGGCCUGAUCUUUGGUGUGUGUAUCGGAGUGGCAGUGAUCGAGUUGCUAGGAAUGGUCCUAUCGAUGUGCCUGUGUAAGAACGUGGAGCAAGAAGAUUAUAGUAAAGUCCCUAGGUACUGAGGCAUUCCAGGUACUCGGCAACACAGCUGUGGGUCGCCUGAAGUGUGUACGAUGAAUCAGUGACUAACCAACACACACAGGAUUUGAUUGUUCAAUCUUUGUAUUCGCUUCACUGCUUGUUAACUUCACCUUAUAUACUUCAGCACUUUAGUACUUUAUUAAAACUGUUGAUCAGUAUCUAUUUUGUAAAGAUGACGUUUUCUACUUAGAGAACUUUUAGCAUGGUAUCUUUGUAAGGAAGGAAUUGUUAUAAGGAUUCAAGCAUGCAUGUGAUCAUUAUACCGAGUCUCUAUAUUAAAUGUUGGGGCAGGAAUGUACCUUUGAGAGAGCUUCCAGUUGUGUAGGACUGAGACUCUCACUCUCCUCUUCAGCCUGUAAGAGGUUCAGCAAAUCGGUCUUCCAUAAAUCUUCAAUAUUUUCUACCAGUUUUUUUUAAUGCAUCUUGAAUAAUUUUUCUAAAACUUGUACACAAAGUGCAGGAGUUUUCGUUGGCCGUCAUCCAGCCUCAAUAAAUACAUCUGAGAAAA